AACGCAUCUCACGAGGGCGCCCUCCCCAGGAACAGCUGUCGCCGUAAUGGGUCAAAAGGAUCCGCCCCCUUGCCUUUGAGCGACGCUUUCCUACCUAAUCCGCAGCACUCGCCUUGUAUACCUGCCACGCGAUUACCGCGGAUAUUGAGGAGAUCCACCUUUGUGUCCCGAUAUGUUACCAAUUAAAUGGAUGGGUACGAUUGGGGUAGACCGUCGACGGCUAUGGGAAAAAUAAAUUUGCUCUGUUGGUUUCACCUAUGAGCGCAUCCAACGUCGGCAACAGCUCUCUCCAUCCGUCCCCAACCCUCGUGCGUUGGCUCCGGCUCCUGUUUAAUUUCCUCGUCUCCGGCUCUCUUCUGCCCUUCUCCAAAUCCGAAACCCUUAUCCGAGGUUGCUCUUUGAAUCCCCGCGAAACGAUCGAGGGGGCGCAAAUCCUGCCCAUCGAGUCGUUUCGAGGGCUGGCGGGGAGAUGCUGAGCGAGGGGGCGGCGGGACGGAGGCGCCUGCCGACCGAAGUCGUAGCGGCCGAGGCGGUCCUUGCCGCCGUCGAUGGGGCCGUGGCGGUCGUCGCGUUCUUGCAGUGGCUAGUUCUUGAUGUGCAUCGUCGAGGUUCCCUGUUUCCUCGGAGUUAAAUAUCGCCGGCUACGCGGUGCCGUUUUAGUCGAUUUCUACAUGAGGUGGUGAUUCCUGUGUUAUGAUUGCUUCUUCGCUCCGCGGUGCAAGAGGUCUUCGUUGGCAAUCGCUAAUUUGUCAUGGACCGAGGAAAAAAAUUGUACUUAUCAUGCAAAUCAAAUGGUUGUUGAGAAUUCACUUACGAAAUCGACAACUUGGCUGGACUCGGCAAAAGAUAUUCCAUAUCAUGAUUGGCUCAUCCAACAUAGGAUACCUGGCAUACUUCAUAUCUACUCUUGUUGCUACUUGUGAGGGAUGGAAGUGUUGGUCACAUGGUUGUGGAUUUGUCCUCAUGGUUUGUCCUCAGAUUCUCUUUCUAGCUGCAUUCCUUCUGCUUGUGUCUUUCUGGGUUGAUCUGUGCCAUCAGGCAAAUGAUGAAGAAGAAGAUGAUGAUGAACAUGGGUGUAAUGAAGCUUUGUUGGAAAAGGGAAUGCAUAAACAAAAUCCUCUUCAUGUUGAUAGCUGCAGGAGAUGUUGCUUUCCUCGAUCUGUUCAUGUUGGAAGUCGACAAAAAUUUGUAAUCUUGGUGAUUGCCCUGACUUUCGUUUCUAUGAUUGCUUUUGCUGUCUUGAUAUGGAUUGGUAGAGGGAAAAAUCCUAUUGAUUCUUCUCUUGUGGCUAGGGUUUAUCUGUAUAUUUUUUCGGUAGCUAUGCUCCUUCUAGGCGGUGUUUUGGCAUGCUACGGGGUGCUGCUGUUCUCAAAGAUGAGCAAUGUACGAUCUGAAAUGGCAUCAACUGAAAUGUGGAAGGUUGCAAGUUUGGCAGCUGUCACUGUUAUAUGUUUCACAUCAUCUGCUGUGCUAUCUCUUGUUACUAAUAUUCCAUUGCAGGUUCUUUCGUAUUGGCAUUUGGCUCCUUCAGACUGCUUAAGCAGUUCUGCUUUUAUAUUUCUCUAUUAUUUUAUAGGCUCAUCAGUACCGUCAGGUUUUGUGUUAUGGAUUAUGAGAGAAAUGCCUCCUCGUCUUGUAGCUGAUAGUGAUAGACCAGCACCAUCCACCAUAGUAACUUUUAUCAGAGAAAGAAGUACACCUACUCAAAAUCCGCAGUGGAGGGCUAGUGUGGCAUCCUCUCAGAAUAAGGGUCUUAAAGCAAGCCCCAUCUAGGGUGUAUUUGCCCGUGAAUUCUAUGUAAGUCUAAACAGGGGACAAUUCCAUACACGGGCUUCCAUCUGUGGAGCCAGUGUUACAGUGGUGGCUGUUGCGAGUCGACCAUUCGAGCAAACCAUUUCUGCUUGGGCUUGGCUAGAUCAACGAGUUUGGAUGGCCUAAUGAAACACUCCCAACCGAUGACAAACUUAUUUACCAGAUGAUAUGAUGAUCAACAGCACUAGGUUUAGCAGAGUCAAAAUGUAUAUAGUCUGUAAGGUCAUUGCAGUGCAGGCAAGUGGUGUUCGGUCCUAUCUCUCUCUGAUCCAAUCAUAUAUAAUAGCAGUGAUGUCUUGUUACUUGGUUUACUUUCAUCUUUAACCAAAUUUGAUGACUUUGAGCAUC